AUGCGCGCAUCGUCAAUCCUCGUCGCUGCUGCCUCGGCGGCUUCAGUCCUCGGUGCUCCCUUGGAGAAGAGAGCCAACUACGAUCCUCUUCCGGGCGGCGAUGUAGCCAUUCUCCAAUAUGCCUUGGUCCUCGAGUAUCUGGAACGCGAGUUCUACGGACAGGGUCUUGCCAACUACACCGAGGCAGACUUCUGCGAGUUCGCCGGCGCCGAUGAUGGCAGCAGAUUCUACAAGAACCUGAAGAACAUUUACGAGGAUGAGAAGACCCACGUGGACUUCCUCAAGACGGCUCUCGGAACUUCCGUCUUUGACGCACCCACCUUCAAGUUCCCUACCACAAAGGCCCACGACUUCAUCGCCCUCGCCUCUGUCCUCGAGGGCGUAGGUGUGUCGGCCUACCUCGGUGCCGCCGCUGUCAUUGCGGACAAGGCCUACGUCACACCCGCCGGCUCCAUCUUGACCGUCGAGGCCCGGCACUCGGCCUACAUCCGCGCUGCCCUCGGCGCGAAGCCCUUCCCCAAGGCCUUUGACACUCCCCUCGACUUCAACCAGGUCCACAGCCUCGCCGUGCCGUUCGUUGCGGCGUUGGCCCCGAACACACCUGCCCUGCCUUUCAAGGCCUUCCCCAAGAUCCAGACGAGCUUCGUUAAGGGACGCAACAUGGUCAUCUUUGACGGGGCAUACGCUGCUGCCUCCGCCGCGGGACUCGUCCCGGCUGGUGCCAAGGUGUAUGCCGUCUUCUACAGCGGUCUGGACAUUUACUAUGUUGAGGUUACUGUCAGCGGCAACGAUUACGUUGCCAACGAGAUCCCCGAUGGCGCCGAGGGCCAGGUCUACGUCGUUCUCAGCACCGCCGAUGGUACCGCCGCCAAGGUGUCGGACGAGAACACGAUUGCUGGCGUUGGAAUCGUCGAGGUCGGCGACGCUUCUUACCACUAA